CGUCUUGAAGCUUGAACGAGCGCCAACUCAUCUUAUCUUUUGCUAGCACCGUUACCGAUGGCAGCUCCAGUCGUCAAAGGUUGGUACAGAUACACGGACAUCUGGUUUGAAUGGCCAAACGCUAUAACAGACCCUCAUGACCGCAGUGGUAUCAAGGCAGGGUUUGCGCACGAUGCUCUCGUCCAUCCGGAGCAUCCUUUUCAUGUAGAUGAUGUAGACGGCGUUGAGCUGCAUAUCGGAAUACUACAAAACAAUGAGAACAGGUUAUUGUUCUCAUCAGACCAAGUGGAAUAUAUGCGAUAUUGGCUUCAUGCAAUGAAGCUGACCAAGACCCUACUGCCUCUCCCGUACUCGGACUGUCUCUUGACUGAUGCCGAUCUGCGUGGCAAUCCUUCUCGCGUCGUCUACAAAACCGGCGGCGAUGUCCGCAAUGCAAUCAAGAAAAUAGACAAAGACAACAAGCGCAGGAAGGGAGCAAACCCUAAGCUCCACGACCGGAGACAAUUGUUUGAGCGAGUACGAUCCUUCUGGUCGGAAAAGAAAGGCAUUUGGUGCGCCAUCGACAUCGAAGCAUGGGACCGCGAUCACGAAGUGAUCACAGAGUUUGGUUGGAGUGCUUUCAAGUGGAAGGAUGCAGAUGAAAGCGACGACCAUGGUCACCUGAUUGUCAAAGAAUAUCGGCAUUACAAUAACACCUUUGUCCCAACCAACCGUGAGCGUUAUUCAUUUGGAGAGAGCGAGGUUUUAUCUCGGGCGAAUUUCAAGUCUCGCAUUCAGACGCUAUUAGCGUCCUUCCAGGAGCAAGGCCCGCUUUUUCUGGUUUUUCAUGAUUAUAGCCAGGAUAUCAAAUAUUUGCAGUCCAAACACAUGGACGUUGAUCUUGGAGGGUUAUCAAUGACCCUACCCGAUGCUGUGCCAGAUCAUGGCAUAUUCGUUGUUGACACCUCGGAGCUGUUUGCCGCUCUUGAGGGCGAGUCCGGCCACAACAAGAAAAGUCUAGAACGGAUGUGUAGACAUCUACAGAUUCCCACAGAAUUCCUGCACAACGCAGGUAAUGAUGCCAGAUACACAGCUCUCUCAUUGAAGAGUAUGGCAUCCGGCGACCCGCUCGACAUACAACGCGAGCAAAGAUGGCCGAAUCAGACCGGCAACGUCAGCGCGCCACACGCCCCUCAAACAGGAGCAGGCGUGCAGGUCAGUUGGCAGCCUUGGGACGAAGAUGACGAAUAUGAUGAUCUUGAAGGGAUGUUCGGUCCAGUUAGUGCUCCGGCUCAGGUGGAGGCAAUCCACUAAGGUGUUUGGGUUGCAGUGAUAAGGAAUGUAAUGGUGUACUGAAUUGCUGUAAGAUAGCCAUGUAUACUCUCAGGUGCAAAAGCGAUGUAACCGUCAG